AGUUUCUCUGAUAACCAAUCAAAUUUUCAGAAUGGAUUUUGUGGACGUUUUCCCUCCCAACACCUUUCAGAGCGCCGAGGGAAAGGGGUGGGGAUGAGGAGGAAGGCAUUUCCAGCUCCUGAUCAUUUCAGUGUGUGUGUUUCGCGUGAGUCAGAAACUGUGGCUCUGCAGCUCGGCUACGUUUUAUGGGAAAGUCAGUUUCCCACCAUUGUGUUUCCCGGCGGUGGGCAGAGGCUGACGGCGGUCGCGCUCUCUAGGUGAACGCGUUUCAGAUGCCGCUGGUUUCAGAGAGCGGCGCAGGAAGAGGAAGAGUUCAGAUUGCGCUGGAGGUGAACGUGAAGGCUGGCUGAGCUUCAGACCCUCGCUGUAUCCAUCCGCCUGCCUCACUUUUCCAUCUUAUGCUUUUGGAGUUUGUUGUUUUUGUUUGCUUUUUUUGUACUUUGAACAUUGUGGCUGUUGGCUUGGCCUACACAGCAGUGCUAGUUCAAGUGUGUAGCUACAGGUCUGCAUGUCAUGGGCUGUGUCUUCUCACUGCCAGAGGACAGGAGAGAUGCUGCCGAGAGAACACCCACCACCCGGGAGACGAGUUUCGUCGAGAAAAUGAAGAAAACUGGGAAGAACAUCAUAGUUUUCUACGGCUCUCAGACGGGGACAGCUGAGGAGUUUGCCAACAGGCUCGCCAAAGAUGCCCAGCGCUACGGCAUGAAAGGAAUGUCUGCCGAUCCGGAGGAGUACAGCAUGGGGGAACUGGCCCGUCUGGCUGAGAUUGAGAACUCUCUCGCUAUAUUCUGCAUGGCCACAUACGGAGAAGGAGAUCCCACUGAUAAUGCCCAGGACUUUUAUGACUGGCUGCAGGAGAAUGAUGAUGAAAACCUUUCUGGCCUGAACUACACUGUAUUUGCUUUGGGCAAUAAAACCUAUGAACACUACAACGCCAUGGGAAAAUAUGUAGACAAAAGGCUGGAAGAACUGGGAGCCAAGCGCAUCUUUGACCUUGGUCAGGGUGAUGAUGAUGGCAACCUUGAGGAGGAUUUCAUCUCUUGGAGAGAGCAGUUCUGGCCGGCGGUCUGUGAGCACUUUGGCGUGGAGGCGUCAGGAGAUGAGUCCAGCAUUCGGCAGUACGAGCUGAAGGUGCACACUGACGUCAACAUGAACAAAGUUUACACAGGAGAGAUUGGUCGUCUGAAGAGCUUUGAAGUCCAAAAGCCACCCUUUGAUUCCAAGAACCCCUUCCUGGCUCCAGUCACUGUCAACCGUAAACUCAACAAAGCUGGCGACAGACACCUUAUGCACCUGGAGCUGGACAUCACCGGCUCCAAGAUCAGAUACGAGUCAGGAGACCACGUCGCCGUUUUCCCCACAAACGACUCUGAGCUGGUGAACAAGCUGGGAGAGAUCCUUGGCGUGGACCUUGACGUGGUUAUCUCCCUCAAUAACCUUGACGAGGAGUCCAACAAGAAGCAUCCGUUCCCCUGUCCCACCACCUACCGCACCGCCCUCACUCACUACCUGGACAUCACAAACCCUCCCCGCACCAACGUCCUGUACGAGCUGGCGCAGUACGCCUCCGACCCCAAAGAGCAGGAGAACAUGCGAAAGAUGGCAUCCUCGUCUCCCGAGGGCAAGGCUCUCUACCAGAACUGGGUGUUGGACUCCUGCAGAAACAUCCUGGCCGUCCUGGAGGAUAUGCCUUCUUUAAAGCCUCCUAUCGACCACCUGUGUGAGCUGCUGCCUCGUCUCCAGGCUCGCUACUACUCCAUCGCCUCUUCGUCUAAAGUUCACCCCAACAGCAUCCACAUCUGCGCCGUGGUGGUGGAGUACAAGACCAAGACGGGGCGCGUCAACAAGGGAGUCGCAACCAACUGGCUGAAGAACAAACUCGUCAACGGCCACAAGUCCACCGUGCCCAUGUACAUCCGCAAGUCCCAGUUCCGCCUGCCAUUCAAGGCCUCCAACCCAGUGAUCAUGAUCGGCCCUGGCACUGGGAUCGCUCCUUUCAUGGGCUUCGUCCAGGAAAGAGGCUGGCUCAAACAGCAAGGGAAGGAAGUAGGAGAGACGGUGAUGUAUUUCGGCUGCAGACACAAAAACGAGGAUUAUAUUUACCAGGAGGAGCUGGAGGCGGCAGAGAAGAACAGCGUCUUGACGCAGCUUAAUGUUGCUUUCUCCAGAGACCAGGAUCAUAAGGUUUAUGUGCAGCAUCAUCUGAAGAAGAACAAGGAACACAUCUGGAAGCUAAUCCACACAGAUAAUGCUCAUAUCUACGUUUGCGGCGACGCGAGGAACAUGGCAAAAGACGUGCAGAUGGCCUUCUACGAGAUCGCAGAGGAGUACGGCAGCAUGACGCGCACCCAGGCCACAGAUUACGUGAAGAAACUGAUGACCAAGGGACGCUACUCGCAGGACGUGUGGAGCUAAAGAGCCUUCAGCGCAAAGCCUUACUCUUCACUUCUGAAGGUAGUCCUAAAGUUCCCGUUUUUGCAGUUUGUUCUUCAGGACCGAAUAUGAAAACAGUCUCGCUCGCAUGCCCCUCUCCCCCCGGUUCAUGAGGGCUACAGGUAGCAGAGGAUGAUGAGGCAAACCCUACCUCAGCCGCUUCUGGAGUUCACAUCAGCAUUUCUCACCUUCACAUCCUGCAUCACAUGUUUCUGUAACUCCUGUAUUUUGACAUGUUGUGUCAGGCCUCACGGAGAUUUACCUCAUAGGCUUCCAGAGAUCGUCAAGAGUCUCUUUAUAUAAUUACAAAAUAGUUUGGCUGCAACUUUUAAAAGUUUGAAGAUUUGAAGAAGUAACCCGCUGGAAUCAAAUGUCUUUAUAAAAAUCUUGAAUCAGCCCAGAGUGUCGGGAUGCAAAUGGAUCCUCGGAUCAUCUAUUUGAGAAAUCUGUAGUUUUUUUCACCUUUUAGCUGGAGAUGAGGAGGGAUAUGUGAUUUCACAUUAAAUGGCUCUGACUUCAGUUUCUCUGAGCUGAUCUGGAAGUGCUUUUCACAUACUUUAAAUGUGUAAAAUACUGCUAAAAGUAAAACUGCUUCAUUGGUAUGUUAAUGUCUGUCUUUGUACUUUGACAAGGGAACUGAAUGCAGAAACAUCGAGAUCAUUUUUGUAACGGAAACUUCAAAAGUGAUGAUCUACAGAAAACCAUGAGAUUAUGUGCAUUUAAAGUCCGUUUGUCUCCUGUCUAAAACAUUUGAAAUAAAGUAUGACCAUUGAAAUGAUGGCUUUAUAUACAUCAGAUACCGCAGAGGAAUAUGGAUUGAACUUUCAUGUGAGAACUCUAUUUUUGUGAUGUUUUUGUCUUGCUUCAUAUGUACCACCAUGUAUAGACCAUCAACCAAGAGUUUAUAUUGUGUGUUUGCCGUCUGUCACUCUGAGAACAUAUGAAUGGGGGAGAUGGAGGUCAGCCGACCAUCUGAAGUUCAGUCUGUGCCUUUUUUAACUCUGCCUUAUUGUAAGACGUUUGCAUUAAAACCAUGAUGUAGAAUUGUUUUCAUCCAUGCUUACAUUUUCUUAGAAAAUUUAAAUCUUAAAGAGACACUUUACCUGGCGCUGUCACUUUUUUUGCUAUUACUUUGUAAUGUAAUUAUUUGGAGGCAUGCAUUUUUAAUGAAUAAAAUUGGACUAAUUUGUUG